AUGAGCUCCACAGACGAGCAAGCCUACCAUCUCUUCACUGAGAACACAAAUGGCUUCAUAGUUUCCCAGGUUCUCUUUGCUACCUGUGAGCAGGGCGUGUUUGACUUCCUCAUUGAGGCCACAUAUCUGGGCACCAACCGUAGGACGGAGCUUUUACCAGACGCCCAUGCAUCCCUGAAGCUUCUGAAAGUGGAAAUGAGUAGACGAGAAGCUCAGGUCCCACGAGCCGACACGGAGGCUCUCCAGGCUCAGCUCGGAGGCCAAGCGGCUGAGUGUGGCUUCCAGCUUUCCCUCCGGGCUCUGCCUUGGGGGUCCAUGGAGAGGGUCCUGCAGGCAGAGGGCCAAGUGUUCAGGGACGGUGGAGACCCAGGCCCAGGACUCAAGCUCAUGGGCUUCCUGGGCUCUCUGUAUCAAAACACAGUGCUCUUGAGCAACUACCUCACCAGGGCCAGCCCCACAUCCCAGCAUCAUGUGCUGCUGUACCUGGCCAGGACGACGUACCUGUGCUCUCACCUGGCCAAUGCUGUGAGAGAAGGGAAGAACCACUACAAGAAGGCAUUCAGAGCAUCAGAUGAGCUCUUCACAGCCAUCUACAGUGAUAAAUCUGCAGGAUAUUUCUUUAAAGAAACCCUUCUGGAGGUGGGUCUGUUUGUUCUGAUGAGGGUCCUGCAUGACUGGAAGGAUGAGAAGUAUUCAUACCUGCUGGCAAGGAUCCACCUGGCAUGCCUCCCACGCGGUGGGGUCUUGGUGAUCGAAAGCCUCCUGGACGAGGACAUCUGGGGCCCUCUGACCCCCCAACUGCACUCCCUAAACGGGCUCAUUCAGAUAUGGCAGAGAGGGGACCCGGCAGCGUGCCGCAUGCUCACCUAUUCAGCUGGUGGCCGUGACUUCCAGCCAAAGAGAACAAGGAAUAUCUACGACGCCGAGCUACCCAGGAAAUAUACACCUAUACUCAAAACACACAGGGAAUAA